ACUCGUAAAAAUUAUUCAUCUAUUUCUAUGUCUCGAAAUAUUAUUCUCUACUAUACUUUCUCUUUCCAUUUCCAGUUAGAGAAAUUUCUUUCCUAAUACACAAUCAUAACUAAACCACCAUGGCGGUGAAUCUCACGGCGAACGCUAUUCCGGCGAUAAUCAACGGCGACGUUGACGCAAAACCGUUGGUUCAAGUUCUCGACAUUGCAACAAUCCAAAGUACCAAAAACUCUCAGACAGAGAGAUACCGUCUUCUUCUUUCCGACUCCGUUUUAUCUCACCACGCCAUGCUCGCUGCUCAACUCAACGAGAAAGUCAAAACCGGCCGUAUUAAGAAAGGAACAAUCGUUCAGCUUCUCGAUUAUAUAUGCACUCUUUUUCAGAAUCGCAAGAUUAUUAUGGUUCUCAACAUGGAAUCCAUAAUACCUGAUUGUGAGAUAAUUGGUAAUCCAAAGUCAUUUGUGGAUUCAGAAUUACCUGUUCAGAAAGAAUUGUGUGAUAACACUGUGCAGAGUUCGUCCAGUGGUAAUAAUAAUAACUUGGCUGCUCAAAAUAGAGGUAGUAAUGUGCAGAAUUUCAGGCCAACCGUUCAACCUGCAUACAAACCUCCUCCAGUUUACAAAGGCCGCGGUGCAGUUGUAAAAAACGAAGCACCAGCAGGUGUAAUACCAAUAGCCGCUUUAAAUCCAUAUCAAGGUAGGUGGGCCAUCAAGGCAAGGGUUACUGCUAAAGGGGAUUUGCGCCGCUAUAACAAUGCUCGUGGAGAUGGAAAAGUCUUCUCGUUCGAUCUCCUUGAUUCUGAUGGAGGUGAAAUCCGUGUAACAUGUUUUAAUGCUGUUGUUGACCGCUUCUAUGAUGCAAUUGAGGUUGGUAAAGUUUACUUGAUAUCUAAAGGUAACUUGAAACCUGCACAGAAGAAUUUUAACCAUUUGAAGAAUGAUUGGGAAGUUAUGCUGGAUUUAAAUUCAACGGUUGAGCUUUGCCCAGAUGAGGAUGGUUCUAUACCUAGACAGCAAUUCUCCUUCAGGCCUAUCAGUGACAUUGAGAAUGUUGAGAAUAAUGCAAUCCUUGAUGUUAUUGGGGUUGUGACAUUUGUGAGUCCUACAGUUCCCAUCUUAAGGAAGAACGGAAUGGAAACACAGAGAAGGAUUUUAAAUCUAAAGGACAAUUCUGGCAGGAGUGUUGAGCUAACACUGUGGGGUGAAUUCUGCAACAGGGAAGGACAAAAGCUGCAAGAGAUGGUAGAUGCUGGGGUUUUCCCCAUUUUAGCAGUAAAGGCGGGGAAGGUUAAUGAAUUCAGUGGAAAGUCUAUAGGCUCUAUUUCUACUACUCAGCUUUUCAUAAAUCCAGAUUUCCCUGAGGCACAAAGCUUAAGAAGCUGGUUUGAUCAAGUCGGAAAAGAUUCUGCUUCUCUAUCCGUUUCUAAGGACAUUACUCAUGGAGGUCCCAAGAAUGAGAUACGCAAAACUGUGUCUCAAAUCAAAGAUGAAGGUCUGGGGAGGUCAGACAAACCAGACUGGAUAACAUUGAGGGCAGCCAUAUCAUUCAUUAAGACUGAUACAUUUUGUUACACGGGUUGCCCUCUGAUGAUUGGAGAUCGGCAGUGCAAUAAGAAAGUGAUAAGGUCAGGAGACACAAAAUGGCAGUGUGAUAGAUGCAACCAGGAGUUUGAGGAAUGCGACUAUCGAUACCUUCUCCAAGCUCAAAUCUUGGAUAAUACUGGAUUAACUUGGGUUACUGCUUUCCAGGAAGCAGGGGAAGAGAUUAUGGGGUACUCGGCAAAAGAUCUGUAUGUGUUAAAGUAUGAACAGGAGGAUGUUGAGAAGUUUGGAAAUAUAAUCAAGAGUAGACUCUUCAACCAAUUUGUAUUUAGGCUGAAAAUCAAAGAGGAAUUAUAUGGCGAUGAGCAGAAGGUGAAGAUUACAGUAGUUAAGGCAGAUAAGGUGAAUUAUUCUGCAGAGAGUAGAUACAUGCUUGACUUCAUUUCCAAGCUCUGUAGGCAGUAAUUUUAGCUUGGUUUUAAGCAUAUCUUUAUAUAGAAUCAUUUUAGAAAAAAAGUAGCAUUAGCACGAAUUGACUAUUAGUGAUUAUGGAUUAUUACAUCUUUUGUGUAAUCAAACUACGUUUAUCAACUGACAACUAUUAUUCGACUUA